CCUGCGCCUCGAGCUUGAGCACUGGGGUUGGGCAGAACCAGGUUCCGUGCAACUUUCAAGUUGAGUUACAAACUCCGCCCCGGACACUGCUGCAGGUGGUCAGCCACCCCGGGACCCCGGAGGUCCGUGAGAGCGAAGAUCGGGACCUGCCACCCUGACCCGGGACUAGCAGCGGCGCCCUCAACAGGCGAGCGCGCGGAUCUCCGCGGCAGGAAUUGUCGGACUGAUUGCUCGGCGCGGGGCGGAGGAACGCGCCCGCCCUCCCCGCUCCCAAGUCGGUUUCCUCUUCAAGGCCCCACGUCCACUGGUUCCGGGUUCUCCAGGCUCCUCGCACUGUGGGGUAGGAGUCAGGGGUGGUGGUCUCUGCCUGCACCGAGGGACAGGUGUACUGCAGCGCCACUCGGCCCCUUGCCCCAGCUCCUGAGUGAGCGUCCCUCCGGUUGUCUCUUGGGAUCAUCUCCAAGGCUGUCAGGAUGGUGUCCUGGAUGAUCUGUCGCCUGGUGGUGUGAGUAUGGCCCCUGUGAGACUCCCUCUGAUCCCUGGUCCCAGCCUGCCUUUGGGGUGGAAACUGGGAACGUUUGGUAAAGAAGAGAAUUUUCUGAACUCCAUCGGCCUUUCCCCAACACACGCUUAACGGUCCUGGAGCUCUGAAGUGGGACCUGGUCACUGAAUGCCUUGUUCUCAACCCGCAUCCUUCUGGACUGAUUGGGGACCCUUCCUACAUGCGCACACACUGCAGACAGGUGCAGGCAGGGCUCAGGCCUUGCCACCCACAGCCCAGUGAGAAGGUGAUAGGCGCUGCUGUGGGCGGAGAAUCCAGAUGCCUCCCUCCCAUCUGAGCAGCCCCAUGACCCACUACCCCUAGCUUCAGUCUCUGAAGUCUACCCCUCACUUUUGGAUAGUCCCACACCUGGCUCAAAUGUCUCUCGCGGCAUCCCGGUGGCCUUGGUCCUGAUUGCGUGUAGUGGGAGGGGACAGCUUGGUGCUCUCACCCACCUUGUUGUGUGUUCUCAGCCUGUCCUGUACCCAUGGGCCACCAGUGCAGGCCUGAGCAGGCUUGGGAUGUUUGUAAACAGCCGGGUGGGGAGGCAGCCUCCAGGGCACUGACUCAGGCACCUUGGUUGUGCAAGCCAAGCGGGAAAAACAGGGCAGGCACUGCCACCACGCAUCCAGGUUGGGGGAAUCAGCCACCUGGCAGGGAGAGGGUGGGGCAUGGUGCCCCUCACACUUCCUAUGGCUGCUAUUCCAGGCUCAUAUUUGGGAUGCUGUAUCCUGCAUAUGCUUCCUACAAGGCUGUGAAGAGCAAGAACAUUCGAGAAUAUGUCCGGUGGAUGAUGUACUGGAUUGUCUUUGCCAUCUUCAUGGCCACAGAGACCUUCACGGACGUCUUCAUUUCCUGGUUCCCUUUUUACUAUGAGAUCAAGAUGGCCUUCGUGCUGUGGCUGCUCUCGCCUUACACCAAGGGGGCCAGCCUGCUUUACCGAAAGUUUGUCCACCCGUCCCUAUCCCGCCAUGAGAAGGAGAUUGAUGCGUGCAUUGUGCAGGCGAAGGAGCGCAGCUACGAGACCAUGCUCAGUUUCGGGAAGCGGGGCCUCAACAUCGCCGCCUCUGCUGCUGUGCAGGCUGCUACCAAGAGUCAGGGUGCUCUAGCUGGAAGGCUACGGAGCUUCUCCAUGCAGGACCUCCGCUCCAUCCCUGACACCUCUGCUCCCACCUACCAAGAUCCCCUCUACCUGGAAGACGAGGUGCCCCGACGCAGGCCCCCGAUUGGGUACCGGCCAGGUGGCCUGCGAGAUAGUGACACAGAGGAUGAGUGUUGGUCAGACAAUGAGGUAGUCCCCCAGCCACCUGUCCGGCCCCGAGAGAAGCCUCUGAGCCGCAGCCAAAGCCUUCGGGUGGUCAAGAGGAAGCCACUGGUGCGAGAGGGCACAUCGCGCUCCCUGAAGGUCCGAACCCGGAAAAAGACAAUGCCCUCGGACCUGGACAGCUAGAUUCUGCGGUCAGGCUGUCUUACCUCUCAAGCCAGCAGGGGACCUUUUGCUGCUACACCGGUUGCCUGGGCUUCGCCCUUUCUGGCUUCUGCAGCUGCCUAAGAGGGGGGGCACACAUGGUGUG